AAACUUCAGCAGGAUGGCGCGGAAAGUUGUCACACCAGCACACAGAGUGGUUCUCAGUUUAUGAAAGAUUUGUUUACGUUUUUCUCGGACGAUACGGACUCAUUAUCCGCGAUGAUGAGUGUGUUGGAGGUGAAGUUCAUCGGUGAUGGAGAUGCUCUGGAGCACAUCGUGGACAAACAGGAGGGUGUGCAGAGCAGCAGUGGGGCCGUUCAGAAGAUGGUAAAGUUUAAGGGCUCAGCUGGACGACGGGCCAGAGAGGAUGCAGAACAUGAUGGGGAUGAAAAUGGAGUCCUUGAUGAGCAGAACUACGUCCAAGCUCUGGGAGCAGACAACGCAGAAGAGGAUGAGGAGGGAAUGUACAGAAUGGCCGGAUCUUCCAUUUUCACCUUUCAGAAAGCCAAACGUGGGCACAGCAUGGCCCAGACUGCAAGUGAGUUGGCUCGGACUCCCGGGAAAAGCGUGACCUUCAGCACGGCCCCCAACACUGAACCCUCGACUCCCACCCGAACAGGACGCAACUACAGAGGUGAAAGCAGGACACCACAGAGGAGCAAGAAGGUUCAGUUUGUCUCCACAACACCCCACAGACUCAGGAAGAGAAUAACAACUCCCAGCAUGAGGUCGGACAGCGAUAGUGAGCUGUCGCCCUCUGACUCUGGGGAAGAGGAGGAUGAAGAUGGGAUGGAGGAAGAGCAGAAAGUAAAGAAAGAGGACAAGGAGAACUCAAAGACUCCAAGAACGCCCAGUAAAGGUUUAUCUGCAGCUCUGUACAAGACUCCCGCCAAGAAAAGCAAGACCACGUCUGAAGCCCCCAGUAUGAUCGAGGAGUACUUUGAAGCCCAUGGCAGCUCAAAGGUCUUGACAUCAGACCGCACCCUGGAGCGUUUACACACCCCUAAACUCGACAGGGAGACGCUGGUCCAGCUCCUAGAAGGAAAACCUUCCUGCUUCUCAAAAGAGAUCCAGCAACUCCACAACAGACACAGAAAGCACUUUAGCAAAUGGAUGUUACAGUUACAGUUGGGAUUCAGCGUGCUGGUCUAUGGUUUGGGAAGCAAAAAAUCUCUGCUGGAGGAUUUCCGUGUGUCUCAGUUGGCUCAGGAAGUCCACCUUGUGGUCAACGGGUUCUUCCCCUCCAUCACUCUGAAAUCAAUCUUAAAUGCUCUGACAUGUGAGGUUCUGGAGCACCAGGGAAGUUUCCGCACCCCCUCAGACCAGAUCCAGUUCAUCACUCAGACCCUUAAAGACAGCCCAGAUCUCCAUGUGUACCUGCUAAUCCAUAACAUCGACGGCCUGAUGCUGCGAGGAGAGAAGACCCAGAGUGCACUGGGGCAGCUGGCAGCCCUACCCAACCUGCACUUGGUGGCUUCUUUAGACCACAUCAACGCUCCUCUGGUGUGGGACCAGUUUAAGCAGAGCCAGUUUAACUGGCUGUGGUGGGAGUGUGUGACCUUCAAGCACUAUGCAGAGGAAACGUCGUAUGAAAACUCGCUCCUGGUGCAGCAGACUGGCGCUCUCGCUCUGUCCUCCCUUACACACGUGCUACGCAGCUUGACGCCCAAUGCAAGAGGAAUUUUCAAACUUUUGGUGAAAUUCCAGCUGGAAAACAAAGACAACCCUUCAUACACAGGAUUGUCAUUCCAAGAUUUCUACCAGCGUUGUCGAGAGGCGUUCUUGGUGAACUCCGACCUCACACUGAGGACUCAGCUGACUGAGUUCAGAGACCACAAACUGAUACGGACGCGCAAGGGUGCAGAUGGAGUGGAGUGCUUAAUCGUUGCGGUGGACGCCAGCACACUGAUGGAUUUCCUGGAGAACGAAGAGGGUGACUGAGAAGAGAAGGCUUUAGAUUUAUAGUUCAUCCACUGACUUAACCAACAAAUAGUUUGGUUGAAUCUGUCACUGACAUAAAGUCCCUGUUACAUCUGAUCAAGAUGAAGACACGGGCCCAGCUUACAGGCUCUGCACAGUUUAAAAUCAUGGAUUAAAUUAGUCAGACAUGCCUCAUUGUAGCAAUGUGACAUUCACGUCUUGUGUUUUGAUGUAAUCACCUUUUCAACCAACAUCUGUAUAAUUAAAAUCAACACUUAAAGAGCUAA